CAAUCUCAGACCGUCACGCUAUCCUCGUAGCGUUCUUUGACUUCUUAGCGUUUGUCUCUGCGAAAACCUGUUGAUCACACCUUGCCACUUCGCGAAACUUUUAGUUUCCGGGACCCCCACCGCAUCCUGUCGACACUCGCGCAUUUGCCCCAAGACGCCUAAAACGCACUCCGAUUGAUGGGCUACGUCCUAGUGUGGAAACAACAGCUCUUGACGAGCCCCAGAAGGUCAAAAUGGCAGCUAGAAAUGGUUCUGGGGCUGAGGCAUCGGGGCUAGUCAACACCCUCCAAGGCCAUGUCGAUGAUAUUCGCACUCUGAUACAGUGUGGUAUAUGCAUCCGUCCCCUUUACGAACCGUUUACUAUCGCCUGCGGGCACACUUUCUGCUACUCAUGUCUAUCAUCAUGGUUUGCUGGUGGAAGGUCAAAGCGAACAUGUCCGGAUUGCCGAGCACCCGUCAAAACUCAGCCAGCACCAGCUUAUUUGGUUCGGGCAGUUGUGCAUAUGUUCACAGGUCGAGCCGAGCUUUUAGACAAAGGAGAAACAACUACAGAGCAUACAAAGAACCAAAGGGACGAAGCAGAAAGACUGGACCUGGACAAGGCCAAUCAACAUCCAACCGAAGGAGGUCUGUUCGGGGGUCUUUUCAAGCCCAAAGCUCCCCCACUCAAACCUGUCAUUGACAUUGAUGACGGAGUGGUUCGAUGUCCGAGCUGCUCGUGGGAACUUGAAGGAGACACUUGCGUAGGAUGCGGCUAUCGGUACCGGCCGGGCUCUGAGGAGACAGAUGACAGUGGAUCAGCCGACUUCAGUGAGACCGACCUAGACUCAAUGGAUGAUGGUAUGGAUGAGGAUGAGAGCGAAGGCGAGGGCGGACUAGGGGAAUCUGACAACUUCGACGACAUAGAAGAUCAUGAUGGCAUUUGGGGCGACUUUGCGCUUAACUAUUACGGGCCUACCUUCCAUGGACGCCCCCUAACUGGCCCCCGGGUGCUGGCCGGCAAUUUUUCGACCGGUUUGAAAACUUGA